CUUAUUAAUUGAGCGUGACCGUCCCAUUUUAAAUAACACGGUAAAAUCUAUGCCUUUAAAAUUAUUAUAAUAGCUCUAUUUUCUUCUUAUUAUAUCCUAUCAUGUUUAGUAUUUUAUCUCUAACUUGUAAAAUAAAAUUUAGCAGCAGUGUGAACAUGCCAACCUGGGCGUUGGCGAAAGCUUGCUGAAAGAUAUAUUUGGAUAUGUCGUAGAUUUUGUCGUUCGUAUUUUUUAAUAAAUUAUGUAUUGUUGAAAAAAGGUUUCGAAGGUAAGGUUUCAGUAAGCAACUACUUACCAUACCAAUGUAAAUAACACGAUCGUCAAUGGCGAUAAAAAGUUGUAAUGGCGGGAAGUUCCAACGUUCAUUUACUGCUAUGGUAAUUUCUUACUAUAAUUAAAUCACUACCAAUAAAAGCUGUUAUGUAGCCGUUGUUUUUGUUGUUGUUCUUGUGUUAUUAAACACUUUGCAACAGCUUCAGGAAGGGGAUAAAUAUUCGACAACUGGCAGGAUACGUACAUACCAAAGUUAUGGAUGAUUCAUCAGCGAUUCAAGUGAAAUCUAUUAAAGAAAGGCAAGCUUUGAUUCGCAAAAAAUAUAUAACAUGGGAAGGUACAAUUGGAAGAAUAUCAUUUGACUGCAAUCCAGUAGUAUCAAUUGCAACCAUACUUUUCAUGUGCUCUCUGAUUACUUGGUCAUUUGUUGACUCUAAUAUUAAAAAUCAUUUGGCAGCUGUCCAGAGUUGGGUUAUUGAUCGUUUCUCAUGGUUAUUUGUUGCAGAACAAGUCAUUUGCACCGUCUUUGCUGUCAUUGUUUAUGUUAAGUGGAGACAUGUCAAAUUAGGUAAAGAAGGCGACAAACCAAAAUAUGGCAACUUUGCGUAUUUUAGUAUGAUAUUUUGUACUGGUUUUAGUGCAUCCAAAUUUUCUUUUUCGGUGAAGGAACCAAUAAUGCAUUACUCUGGUAAUGGGAGUUCCUUGGUAAAUUUGGGAAGAUAUGGAGAGGCAGAAAAAGCUCAAAACGCAAUAAAUCUUGCAUUUUUCCACUGGAAUUUUCUUGGUACAUCCGCAUAUGCUAUUCCGGCUAUACUACUCUCGUUUCUGGUAUAUCGUAAGGGAUUACCACUUACGACAAGGAGUUGUUUUUACCCUGUGUUCGGGUCGACUGUGUUCGGAAGACUUGGUGACUUCAUUGAUACACUUGCAAUCAUCUCAGUAUUUGUUGGCACAAGCAUUGGCUUAAAGAAUGGAUCGAAAAGCAUCUCAGCAGGACUUGGACAAAAAAUAGAAAGUUACGAAGAAAGCACACGAAAUCAAAUUUUCUUAGUAUGGGCGAUGAUUGUAACUGCAACCAUAUCUGUUGUGUCUGGCCUGAUGAUUGGCAUAAGACGGCUGUCUGUGAUUACAAUGUCAAUGAGUGCAACAUUUUUUAUGGUUAUCUUCUUCAGUGCUGAAACCUCAUUUUUGUUAAAAGUAAUUGUUCAAACUGUUGGAUUUCACUUACAGCAUAUAAUUGGUAUGUCGUUAGACACUGCAGCUUUUUCUGGGAAUGAUAAUUUUCCUAAUAAGAUAGAAAUAACAGAUGGAAAUGUGUGGACACAUGCUGACACAAUAUUUAACGUUGCUUGGUGGAUAUCGUUAGCUCCCUUGAUUGCAGUAUUUACAGCUCGUAUAAGCAAAGGUCGCACAAUUGGGGAAGUAAUUCAGUAUACGAUGUUCUAUCCAGCGCUAUUGUUACUUGUUUGGUUUUCAGUGUUCGGUGGUUUGGCUAUUGAUAUGCAAUACGCUGCAAUGAAAGGAAACAUUACUUGCGACAUGUACGACUCAAACUUCCACAGAAUUAACAAUAGUCGAUGGAAUGCAAAUAAUAUGCACAUUGGUGAGAGAUUAGAUUGCAACCCAGAUGAUGGUUUUUACGCUUUAAUAAAUCAGUUAGAUACUUCAUAUUUUCCUUUCUUGCACGUGUUGUCAAUGUUGGCAAUCGUUCUUCAAUUUACUACACAAGCUGAUAGUUCUUCUCUUGUAGCUGAUAUCAUUUCUUCAAAUGGAAAUGAAAAUGCCCCUGUUUUGCAACGUUUUGUUUGGGCAAUUCUAUUAGGAGCCAGCGCAACAGCUGUAGUACACUACGAAGAUGAUAUUUUUGCCUGGGUUGUUUUGCUGUCGUUACCAUGGGUGUUAAUGCUCUUAUUUUUCUGUUACACUAUAUGGAAAGUCUUAGAUAACGAAGAGGAAUGGUUCAUAGGGAAUGUCAAGGAAAUGGAGUGGUCAUCACCGUAUGGUAAUUAUAAGGGAAAAUCAUUACUUUCUCAUUUGAUGUUGGCAAUCAUCGUUCCUUGGUAUUUCUUAGGGAAGAUUGAAAUACGAGAAAGACAAUCUUCACACAAGAUCAAACAAAUGUCUUUUUACUUGAAAUUUGCUUUGCCUUUUCUUGCUUGGUUUUUACUUGUGGUUACAGGAUCAACAGGCCAUGGUCUUACAAUAUUUGGCUGGGUUUCAUUAGUCUGGUUUUUUGUCUUGGUGGCUAUUUGUCGCAGCAAAGUUCGGAGAAACAGUGACAUCAAAGGUCACCCUUUUGGUGAUUUUGUGUUAGCGUGCAUUUAUCCACUUGUGGUUCUGCAACUUUUGGCCGAAACCGAACUCCGAGGUAAUAACAAUGCAUCGAUAUCUGUUAAUCAGUACAUCGCGGAAGAAUAUUCUCAGAAAAUGACAAAAAUAAAUUCUACUGAACAGGUUCAAAAUAAAGGAGAAGUUGAAUUGGAUGUCUAAGUUUCGACCUACAUUCAUUUCAAAGUUGGUAUUACAUUAUCUUAUUGUAAUUUACCUAUAUUAUAUUUUUGUUUAUAUUGAUUGACUGGUGAAUAUGCUUACCCACAUAUGUAGUAAAGUAGACAUAGUGAAUCUUCACUCUUCGCACUUUUAAGGAAAAUACAUAUUAUUCUAAUUCUUGGAUAGUACUCUAGUGUCUGGGGAUUAUAAAUGUAUUUUUAUUUGCUUUGUAUGCAUUGUACAAUAUUUUUCACACUGUAA